AUGAAUAAUUUUAAUACGUCAGAAAAUAAUUCUAUAAUAUAUUUUGAAGAAAAAUUAAAAAAUGAGACGGAUGAUAAGUUUCUUAAUUUACCUACUUCUUUAAAUGGAAAUCUAGCAUUUUCUUCACUCGAUUUUCAAAAAAUUGAACCUAGCUAUUUCUUGACGAAUAAUCUGAAUAACUCGUCAACUGAUGAUAAAGGUGAACAUAUCAUAUUUGAGAGAGAACAUGAUAAGAAUAAAUUUGAAAAAAAAAAAGUCUUUUUAUUUGAUUUGUCCGAGGAGCAAAAAGUGCAAGUAGAAAAUUUUAAAAUACGCAAAAUAAUGCAAAAUGAAAUGUAUUUAAAAAAAAAUAAAGUUUUAAAAUACAUCAUACAUAUCUUCUUGUGUGAUAUAUUGAAAGAGAAACCAGACGAUGUCUAUGAAUAUGCCGCUAACUAUUUUACGCAGCCUAACUUGAAACAAAGCAUUUUGCAGAAAUUAAAAAGUAUGUUAACCAAGUCCUAA